AUGGAUCUCAAACGUGAAACCCAUCUGAUCGUGUUUGUCCGACUUUGUCAAACAUUUCAAUUUACUCAGCUGGUCUACCAAGUCAAGGUCACAACGUUGGCAAUGCUGUUGCCUAUCGUGCUUUUACAUGAAGGUCCAACGGAUCCGUUGGCGUUACGAAGUAGCGAACUGUUCACUUUGCUGAGCUAUCUGAAUGCUUUGUUUCUUUCGCUCACACUGUUCCUUCCAAUGUGCAUUCAAUAUCUGUUCGACACUAAAGUCAGCUGUGAACGCAUACAGAGCUUCCUGAUGAUCCCCGAACUUCAGGAUGAUAGGCAACCCGCCGUGAUCGACACAGAGGAACCACACAUUUAUAUGGACAACGUCUCGGCACGUUGGUUUGAC